CUGAGGCUACCCGGGGCUGUUCACAACAACAGAGGAAGCAGCACCAGCUCUGACCAAAUAAAGCCCCGUCGCGAUUUUUUUUUUUAGAUCCUGUUUUUGGAACCGUGCUAACGGAAACCAGCGUUAGCGCGUUCCUCAACUGAUAGCUUAUUGUUUGUACCGAGCAAGCUUUGUCACAGCUGUGGUGGGUCGUUGCCGAUAUAUAUUUAUAUACAAAUCAUUGUGGAAUUAUGGCUCAGCAUGGACACCAUGUAGCCAGUUCCCAAAAAGCCCUGAUGCUGGAGAUGAAAAGUCUCCAAGACGAGCCAGUCGAAGGGUUCAAGAUAACUUUGGUGGACGAGUCCGACAUGUACAACUGGGAAGUGGCGAUAUUCGGACCCCCCAAUACACACUACGAGGGGGGGUAUUUUAAGGCUCGGAUCAAGUUCCCCGUCGACUACCCGUACUCUCCACCGGCUUUCCGCUUCCUCACCAAAAUGUGGCACCCCAACAUUUAUGAGAACGGGGAUGUAUGCAUCUCUAUCCUGCACCCACCAGUGGACGACCCACAGAGCGGGGAGUUGCCUUCAGAGAGGUGGAACCCCACACAGAACGUCAGGACCAUUCUGCUCAGCGUGAUCUCUUUGCUGAACGAGCCCAACACUUUCUCCCCGGCCAACGUGGACGCGUCCGUCAUGUACCGCAAGUGGAGGGACAGCAAGGGCAAGGACAGAGAAUACAUCGAGAUCAUCAGGAAGCAGGUGGUGGCGACCAAAGCGGAGGCAGAGCGGGACGGUGUCAAGGUUCCCAUCACGUUGGACGAGUACUGCGUCCGCACCCAAGUCCCGCCCACAGACGACGGAUCCAACCUCUUAUACGACGACUACUACGACGACGAGGAGCUGGACGACGACGACGAUGACGACGAGGACAACGAGGACUGUUGCUACGAUGACGACGACUCGGGCACCGAGGCCUCCUGACCUUUCCUCCCCACGACGUCACCUUGUCCCAGAUACCCCCCCCCCGCCACACACGCCUCCCUCUCUUGUCAUGGACUGAACUUUAAUUCCCUGCCCCCCCCUCUUCCUCCUUAAUAAACCCCUCAUCAUCCUCACUUAUCACAGGCCCCCCCCUGUCCACCUUCUGUCACAUGUGCAAAGUAUGCACACUAAAACCUGAUGCAGCGAAGAAAAGAAAGCUACAGUUUUGUUUCUUACAUGUUUCUCUCUCUCUUUUUUUUUUUUUAAUUGGUUGUCUGAGUAGAGGAUACACGCGCGCGCACACACACACAGCAACACGACAAUAAUAGUACUUUCUUAUCUGCUUCUGUUUGUCUGCACUGAUAUCUGGUUUAAUUUUCUCAAAAAGCAUUUUUAGCUCCGAGACCUGUUCCUCCCUCCGGCUGUGAGUGGAACAAAACCCGUCUGGUGGCCACGUUUCUCGUAGAAAAUUUGGCCACGUAAUAGUCACGCCCUUUUUCUUGACAUCAACAGCGGGGUGGAUUGUAACGUCAGAUCAGAUCAGAGUACAACAAGCGGGGAGCAAAGGAAGCAAAUUCAGAAAAAGAAAGACUCACGGUAUGAGUUUUUAAAAGCUGAGUCACUUCUGCCUCUGAGCCAUGUGUUGUGACCUCUCCGGUUUCGCGGGGCGUUCGGAGCCCUGCCCCGCUUCACCUCGGACACUUUAGAGCCUCAGGGCUUGUGCUGCUCCAAAACAGGGGAGUUAUCCAUUUCAAGAAAGAAAAGCUGUUGACACUCCCUUGUGCCUUCCCUCACUCCCUGAUAACACAGAGCUGAAUGACUUGUGGGACAGACCGUAUACGCACAAACGAAAGGCAGCGGAGGGGAGAUAUUCAAGCUCACAAGGUUUCAGGUGUGGGGAUACCACACAAACAUCCUGAUGGAACAAACUUAUUCAUAGCAGCACCUGUCAGAUUUGUCCAGGGUGUGAGUUGAGAAAGGUGUAAAAAAAAAAAAAA